UGCAGGACCUUCAUGCGGGAUGCCGAGGAAAUCGCCUCCAGCCGCCGCAUGAAUAGCCUCACCCUGAACCGCCACACAGAGAUCUUGGAGAUCCUGGAGAUCCCGCAGUUGAUGGACACCUGCGUCCGCAAUGGCUACUAUGAGGAGGCGCUGGAGCUUGCUGCCUACGUGCGCCGACUUGAGAGGAAACACGCCUCCAUCCCGGUCAUCAAGGGCAUUGUGGACGAAGUGCGUCAGUCUUCACAGCUGAUGCUGAAUCAGCUGAUCCAGCAGCUGCGCACUAACAUCCAACUGCCGGCCUGCCUGCGUGUCAUUGGCUACUUGCGACGCAUGGAUGUCUUCACGGAGGCCGAACUGCGCAUCAGGUUCCUGCAGGCCCGAGAUGCUUGGCUCCAGUCCAUCCAGGCCUCCAUCCCUGAUGACGACCCCUACUUCCACAUCACCAAGACCAUUGAGGCCUGCCGCGUCCACCUCUUUGACAUCAUCACGCAGUACCGGGCCAUCUUCUCGGACGAGGAGCCGUUGCUGCCUCCUGGCGAGCAUGCGAUCAAUGAGAGUGCCGUCUUCCAUGGCUGGGUGCUGCAGAAGGUGUCACAGUUCCUAGAGAUUCUGGACAGUGACCUCCAGCGGGGGGUGGGCAGCCGCUUGGAGUCACUGCUGGGUCAGUGCAUGUACUUUGGCCUGUCCUUCAGCAGAGUGGGGGCUGAUUUCCGGGGCCAGCUGGCCCCAGUGUUCCAGCAAGUCACAAUUGGCACUUUCCGGAAGGCAGUUCAGGAAGCUGUGGACAAAUUCCAUGAUGAAAUGAACUCCUACACACUGAUCUCCGCUCCUGCUGGCCUGGGCAGCACCAUCCCUGUGCAAGUGCCAACCGCCCAGCCGGGAACCCUGCAGCCUCCCAUGGUGCUGUUGGAAUUCCCACCUCUUGCCUGUUUCCUAAACAACAUCCUGGUAGCCUUCAAUGAUCUGCGUCUCUGCUGCCCGGUGGCUCUUGCUCAAGAUGUGACGACUUCCCUGGAGGAGGCCCUUGGCAAGGUGACCAAAACAAUCCUGGCUUUUCACCGGGCAGAAGAGGCAGCUUUCAGCAGCCGGGAGCAGGAGCUGUUUGGACGCUGCCUCCAGGUCCUCUAUCCUCCAGCUCAGAUAGCACAAACCCUAGGUGUUGCCCCCACUCAGCUGCACAAGUACGGCAGCCUGGGCUGUGUGGAUGUGAAUGUGAUCAAGGAGCCACUGGCUUUUCUCCUGCCUGUGAGGGAGGCCCCGUUCACUCCAGCUGAGGAGAAGGAACCAGCCCAGGAGAGCCCAGCACCUGCACCAGCCCCAGAAAUGCCAGGGCCGGAGCAGGGAGUAGAACUCCGUGUGCCUGAGGAGGAGAGCAGUGAGUGCGCAGGGGAUGUUCUGCAGCCUGAUGGCCCUCUAGCCACAGCCUAACAGGGUGGGGACUGGCGCAGCUUGCCCUCUGUGCUGUGGGCAUGUGCUGAGUGAGUCCAGCCUCGUCGGAAGCCUGUGGGGUCUUGCCCCUCGCGGUGCUGGGUGUGGGACGUUGGCUGUGUCUGUUGAUGGGGAACAGUACGGAGUAUUACAAGCCCUAUCAUCUGUAACCACUUCCUUGGGCUCCCUGUAACUGGCCCCUGCAGGUCUCCUGGGGCUGUCCUGGGUGGAAGGAGGCUGUAGUAUCGAGUGGUACUUUCUGACUUCGGAAGCAGGUUCAAUGAUGUACAUACCUCUGAAAAGGGCUGAUUGUUGCAUAAAUAAAGCUCUUUUGUGUAUUCUGGGCUGCAUUUGCCCCGACCCCA